AUGGCAAGUCAAUCAGGAAUUGAAUAAAUAUUUGGUUGUUUUACAAAAUAAAGUAAUGAAAUUAUUGAUUGGUGUAUUACGUACAUUCAUAAAGUAAUUAGGAUUUCUACUCAAAUUAAUAAUGGCUAUAAUAAUUUUGAUAUGUUCAAUUUAUUUAAUAUACAAAUAAAGAAAAUCAUAAUACAAAAAACAAUUGACAAGAAAAUAAAUAAUAUUUAGCAUAUUAACAAUAGAUAUUAUUUGUAAAGUUAUGAUAAAUUUUAGUUUAUUUGGCAUUUUAAUUAAGUAACAGAGUUGAUGCUUUAUAUUUUCCUAUUCCAUAUUUUCAAUUUAUGUUUAUCAGUUAUAGUAUAUACUAUUUUGGGAGAAAAUCUAUAUUAUUAGCAUCAUUCAAUGGGUCAGAUGAAUAAAUGUCAAUAUCAGCAGCAAUGUAAAUAAAGUUGGCAAAAUUGAUGUUCAAUGGAUUAGUAUUUUUUAUAUCUGCAAUUUUUAUCUUAAAUUAUAUAGACUACAUUUUGAAUAUUAAGGAUUAUCAUUUAUGCUAAGGUUUUAAUCUUUAUAAUUAUUUAGCCUAGUUUUUCAAUAUAAUAACUACAGUAGGAUUUUUACUUCAAGGAUUAUUCUUUUUACAGAUCAGAUAGUUAACAUGUUAAGUGAAUAAGAAUAUUAAGGUAGAUUAAAAUGGAGAGAUUAAAUAAUUUACUGAAGUUGUAAAAAAGAGAUUAAAAUAAAUUUGGUAUUUAUAUUCUCUAUUGAGGUUGUUUGUAAUCAUAAAUGUAGUAGGAUCAUUUUUUAGCUUUAUUUAAAAUAUUUAUUUUGUAAUAAUGAAUUCAAUAUACCUCACUAAAGGAAUGAAUUAUGAAUGUUUAUAUGUUCAUGUAAUUAUACAUUCUAAAUAUAUUUAGUUUCAAAAUAAUUAGGAUUUGACAAAUCUCUUGAAUUCAUUUCUUGACUUAUUAGAUAAAUUACUUUCUUUUUUUAUACCAUACUUUCUUGCUCUCUUUAUCUUUUGGCAGAGAAAGCCUAAAUAAAUAGUUUAAUCAGAAUCAUAUGAUAUUGCAACAGAAAUAUACAUUAUUUAAAGUGAUAGCACUAAUUAGAUAGAUUAAAGUCUAUCUCUUAAAAGUUAAAAAAAUUGA